GAAAUAAGGUACCACGUUGUAGUUGCUGCUGUGGAUACGGUAACCCAAAUACACGAGAAAUGGAGGUUUAUUUUGCUUAAAAUAUGUUGUUUAAAGAUGGGUUUAGGGCGUGAGCCACCUUCUUACCAUCUGUACCAAUGGCCUCAGCAGAGACGCCCCUAUGUGUACCACCACCUGAACACCGUAGACCACAGCAAACUCAUCCACCAAGCCAGCCCCCAAAAGAAUAUCUACAAAGCCACAUAUCCCCAUGAGGGCUAUGGUACUUCGCGGUUUCCGUAUUAUAAUACAUAUUCUAACCCUCCCCCUGGGUUUGGCUCGGGACAAAGCGCAAGUCAGCUUCCCAGUGGAGAUUUGUCAUUCGUGAAUGGAGACCCCUCAGUUUAUCACCAGAAUCAAUGUCAGCAACAACUGCAAAACGGUAAUUUGUAUGAAAAUGCGUUCGGGCAUCAGUACGUUCAGCAAAACAUUGAUGUAGCCGUAGCACCUGGAAAUGUGGAGCCAAGCGAUGUGGCAGCCCAAUUAGCACAACCCCUGCAUCUGACACCCUUUCAUGCAACACACCAUCCUCCUCCUCCUUCUCACCACCAUCAUUUUCAGCAACAGCAGCAGCAAGUCUUGGGUACUUCCCCUGAGAUGGCCGGCCAUCAAAUGACGAUGUCAGAGCUGCCUCAGUAUACUUAUUACCACCAACACGGGCUUGCCACAUAUGGGAUGCCUCCAACUGUGUACGUCCAGGCUGACCCAGGGCCGUACGACAGGAGCGCAGCAUUUUACAGACAUAUGCCAGAGCUGGGAGAGCAAUACCAAAGCACAGUGGAACAGUCUUCUGGCACAAUGAGUAACAUGGGAAGACAACGUUUUAAUUCAGCUCCCGAUUUGGCUGUCAGGGCACAAGGGCAACAGCCGGACCAUCAGAGUCAGACCUUGAAUUUUGCCUCGGAGAAGAUGUCUAGUGGCACAGAAAUUCCAGAAGGUUCCAUGUCCUCUGGUCACAACCAUCAGGGUCGGUAUAAAGGAUCUAGUCGUGGUAUGCAGCUCAAGCGUGUAAAACAGGAAGCAGUCCGUUAUAUCCAGUCUGUUUGCCCCUAUCUAGGACGGAAGUCGUUCUGUCUACCUCCUGUGGACAGGUCUCGACACCCUGACAAGUCCAGCAAACAACUUGUCCUUGGAGUGGAGGCAGAGAGGAGGGUCAUGGGCUCGUUUGAACGCUACUUUGUUGAACGUGAAAUACCGGUGUUCAUGCUGUGCCAUUACCCUGUGGGAGGAUUCCUGAAGCACACACCUUUGUGGGAGAGUGGGCGAGGUCCCCCUCAAAACCAUAAGGAGGACACAGUCACCUUGCUGCUUCUGUCCAAUGUGUUCAGCGUAACCGUGGUAACGGUGAGCAUUGUCAAUGGCAGCUCAGAGUUUGUGUACAUCCAGAAGGCAGUGAACCUGGCGGCCCUGAAGAUGAAAAUGUGUGUGAAUUCUGUGUCGCACUGGCUCAAGACUUUGGGAAUCCGUACGCCCAUACAGCAAGUGAUGGCCUUCCCCAACCUGAAAAAAUCUAUGAUGAGGCGGAUAGUCCAAGACAAGGUGUUUCUGCAGCACUUUGGCACAGUGACCACUCUGAACCAGGACCACCUGUCCGCCCAGUUUGAGGAAGAGUGGUCGACUGGUGUGCACAAGGUCCAGUUCUCCGAUUGGAUGGAGAAGGAAGUAUUGUACAGCAAGGUGACCUUGACCCCCAUGGAGCUGAAGACACUGCUUGGUGCCCUGCUGUGCCCGGGCUUGUCCAAAGUGAGCUACACAGAGAAUCUGUCUUCCAUACCCCCGGUAUCUGCCCAAGUGCCUCAGCCCGAGACAGAACAAGACACAGUGGAUGAUGUAAGCCAGCUGAAACUGACAAUUGACGGAGUGACUCGUGGAUUUGACCAGUUUAUGGAAGAGUAUGUCCAGUGCUACUACCCUAAUGUGGAGGAGCAGACAUACAGAGUGCCACCUAUCCACUUCAACAUCCAGUCUUUCCAAAAGCCCUCAGACUGUCUUUUUGAAAUGGAGCACCCAAAUGACCCAAGGGUGGCUGAGGGGUCGCUGAAAAAAGAAGUGCAAGAGUUCUCUUCCGGACCGGCCCAGGAACAGAAUGGCUCUGGGAAAAAAAAGAAAGGAGCUGGCGGCAGAUCUGCUAAUGUCUUGCCGAAAGAUGAGGAGAGUAAAUUGUUCAUGCCUAAGAGCAAACCGUAUAAGUGGUCUGUGUGUUCACGCGGCUGCCAAGAAUGCGCAGGUCGCUCCGUAUCAGCCAAGGGAGAGAAUCAUGCAGGAAGCAGCCAAGAAUCCUCGCUGAAAUCCGUGGAAGUUACAAGGAGGGACCAGCUCGUACUGCGAGAUGGGAAGCUGACGUUUGUUGGGGGGGCAUCCCAUGAAGCCGACACUGAUGGAGGAAGAGGCACUGUGAAAAGCGAUGCAAAGCCCGUGUCCGCACCCAGAAGUGGCAAGCUUCCUUUGAUGGACUCUCUGAAACUGUCCUCUCCGAGCUCAUCACCGCCAGUGUCUCCUGUCUCACUCUCAUCCUCUCCCUCGCUAUCCUCAUCCCUGGACGGUCUGAAAAAAGACAAGGCUUCCCCAAAGUCUUCUCCAAGGAGGAAGAAAAGUAAACAGAAACAGGCGAGAGCGGAAGCGCUGCGCGAUGUGGAUAUUUUGACUCCGGUCAUGCUGAAAGAUGUCCGAGCUGAUGAAGGAGAAAAUCGUGUUGUGAGCGCACUCGAGUUGCUUGGUCACCGCCACGGCCCCAUGUUCAUCAUCUGUGCCUACCAGUACAACAACUACCUGAACAAGCUGCGAGAGGAGAUGUUCUCGAAGGGCGAGGCCGUUCGGCCCGUGCGGGCUUUUGGUCAGACGAUGAGAGCUGAACACGACUGCCUCAUUCUGCACAAGGAAUACGGUAUCAUUGUGGUGUGCAUCAAAGCCAUCGGAGACACGUUCUCUGUGUGGGGAGCCACAGAAGAGGGCAAGCUGGACUCCACUGUCCGCAUCUUGGCCAAGGCGGUGAAACAGCUGGAGAGAGAGGAGGCCAUGAUCAGGCACGUGACCUCUGACCUUGAUCCGAAUAUCGCCUGCCACAAGUUGAUUGCUCUUCCCAAUUUGACGAGGGAUUUGGUGAAAAAAGCUCUAGAUUCUGACCUGGCGGACUCGACAUUGUUGAAGAAACUAGAUGAUUUGACUCAUGGCCUUGGAGCAGACGCCUUUCUGUGCCAGGAUGAGUUGCCUGUAAAGUUCCGGUCAGUCUGGGACCCCCCAGACAUAAAUGUGGUCUCUCGCCUGGUCGUGUGGUGGUCUCAGCUCAAGAACAGCCUGUACUCAAAGCAGAACGAAAUGACCACCCGCAUUUUUCGCCAGGUCAUCGGGAGAUACUGUGGCCUAUUGUCAACUGUGGAGGUUUGGACUCAAACGAAUCCUCGCAUCGAAGUGCGGAGUGCGUCAGAGGCGGUCAGGCAGUGCGCCCAGAGGUUUGCCCGGUUUGUGCUUCUGCCCCACCAGCUGAAAAUCCUGACCUCCAACGAGCCCCGGGUAUAUCUCUACGGGCCCCCAGGGUCGGGAAAAACUCUCCUUCUCCUCCUCAAAGCCAAGGAGUGGUUGCUUGAAGGACGCACGGUCAUUAUGAUUAAUGCGCGGGAGUUCAGUACCUCAGGGUUUCCUCUGGCCCAUGGCCUCGAGAGGAAGAUUCGGAUGAUGGUGCCAAAUGGAAAUUUGGAGCGCAUUGAUAUCGACUCGAUGAACUUUAAGUCUGAGAUUCUGGCACACAUCUUGCCGUCACGAUGUGUCAUCAUGGAUGAAGUGUCCGGGUCCUCGCACGAGAUCGUUGAACAUUUGUGUUCGCUUCAGCUGAAAGCCAUUUGGUGUGCUGGCCUUUUCGAAGACGGUAAGCCCAUCACGGCUCGAAGGUUCAAGGCAUUCCCCUUGGACAAAAUCCUACGCUGCACUCCCAUCGUACAAAGCUUGUUGAGACACACUGAGCAAGAGGUGCGGAUGAGCAAACCAUAUGAAAACUCGUACGCCCGUACAUCCCUUGAGAUUUCUGAAAGAGCUGUUUCUCAAGAAAGUGAAAAACUCAGUUCUUCAGAGCCUGAUGCGACAAGUACAGAGCAAGUUGAAAGUGAAGUCACUGACAUGGAAAGCGAAACUCCUCAACCUUCAUUACAAGCGCAGAGUUCCAGUGAAUUACUUUUUGGUACAUCUUCACAACAGAAGGACCUUGCAUGUCAGAACUCUUCUCCUGUACCUGCCAGUCAUGUCAGUGGUCGCAUCCUGAAGUCUGACCUUGUGGCCUGGAGAAUCGAACAAAAGUAUGGACUAAAGAAAAAUGUGGUACAUGGGACUGCUUUGGACGUAAGUUCUGUCGACGAGAAGCGCGGUCGUCCUUCAGUUCAGAAUACGUUUGUGACCAGCAGUGCCUUGUUGGGUCUGCCGACAGACGGUCCCAGACCUCACAUCAUUGACCACCAGCGCCACCAGGUGGUCCACCUGCCCUCCAGCUGUCCAGUGUGUGGGGACGAGCUGUUUGCUUUUCUUCACUCCAUGGUGAAGCAGGACGAUGGGGACAAAGAGCAUCAAGUCGGACCCAGCAAAAAUAAGUUUGCUCUAAAAUCCAAUACCCCACGAGGGGGCAAGACUUUUCGUCAUUUCAAUCCAUCACAGUCAAAAGCCAAGCAGUUCACCCCUGUGGGACAGAAGCUGCGGUCAUUUUUGGACAGCAGGGCCUUGACUUGGUCGGACGUCCUCAUUGUGUCGAGGAUAGUGAACGAGAAGUCGGUACUUCUUCAAACAUUGCGCCGGAACGAGGUCCCAGUUGAGGUGGUCCGAGGCUCCUCAACGGCCCGCAUCGAAGACCCAAAUGAGAAAAAGCUUUUUGUUAUAGAGCCUAAAGAGGUGACGGGCUUAGAGAGGGCUCUGAUUAUCUUUGUUCCUUCAGAGGCUCCGGAUGCACUUCAGGGAGCCCGGGAAGAGAGUAGCGGAGGGGUAGACAAUCGGCUACCUGAUCUGUUGUUGAAUAAUAGCGUUGGGAGGUACACGAGCGAUGAUAGAAACGCCCUCUGGUACAUUGCCUCACGCAGCCUCUCCUCGUUAGUGUUGAUUUUGCCGUAAAAGAAUUCUCCAUUGCGUGGCGUAGUAACGAGUAAAGUUGUGAUUUGACGCUCAAAGGGUUUUACAUCCCCCAACGUUGGCUUUAGAUGUUCAUCUUUUAGACAAGAAUGUGCUCAGUGAAAGGCCAGCUGAUAAUUGAAGAUGAUUUAGGAGUCUGACUAUUGUAAAAUUAUUUUAGAAUCUGAGGCUGAAGAUAGUUUAGUAAUCUAAUAAUUCAGAAUGAGUUAAGAAUCUUGACCCUGUGAACACAGCAUGAGUGCUUUGAAGGAACUGGAGAAUUUUGUCCUUGGCCUUCUCACAUUCCAUGAGAGUUUGUCUACAGUGGAAGCUUUAGCUUGCGACUGCGUUGCCAUGGAUUGUGGUAGAAUUUGUUUUUGUUCUUUUUCAGAGUGUUAUCUCAAUAUCUGAAAAGUUAUCUUACAGUAUUGUUGUUUUUACCGAUCUUAGCGUCAUUUUCAUUGCUGCUUUUCCAUGGAAAAUUGUGAAGUGCCAGUUCAGUUGUUAUAUAGUUUGUUCGGGUGCAUGCUUGAUACCGGCAUCUUUGGUGUGGUGGUAACGGUUAUUUGCUUUGCACACAACCGACUUGAGUUUAAUUCCCAUAUAUUUACUUUAUGGAGUAUCUCUCUGUCUCCUCGGAUGCUGUAUCCCACUCGGACAACUGUGGCAGGCUGGAUCAAAUGCAGCAGCCUACCUCUUAAAUCAUAUAACUUUUGUCAAUAGAGACUUAUAAUAUUUACCAUUGUGUGUGUUCUUAGAGUCUGGUCUUAAAGGCUGAAGACAAUAAUGUUGCUGUAUGUGAGGCGCUGGGCAAAUCUUAUUUUCUCUAAGUGUACUAGCCGCAGACGGGGGAAGCUAUGGCUGGGCUUCAUGUAGGUUGAUGUUUGUCCAGACAUGAAGGACAGUCGAACCUGUCCAAGACGGAAACCUGUCAAAACAGAAUCUCCUCGCUUUCCCUUGAUAAAUUCCAUGCGGUACCCUGUUCAACCAGGAAAUGUAAAGGAAAAACUCUUCUACCUUCAGAGGGUUUUGAUCUAUCCAAGGUAGAAAAUGCUUUACCGGCUCAACCCUUCUAAUUUGAAACAAACUCCCAAGUCUGGUUCCACCAGCUCUUACCUUUGAGGGUGAGUUGGCUGAUGCUGCGGUGUGGUUUAGGGGUAUCUGUUACUGUUACCCCAUCCAUGUGAAUCCUGAGUGGUGCAGAUGGUCAGGGUGAUGUGAGUGAGAAAUCUCAGCACUGCUUGUGAAAGUGCUGAAGACGAAAGUGCUUAAAAAUGGUGCUCCACCAUGGAAACCGUCCUGGGUAGCCAGAGGUCUGCCACCCUGAUCAUAUAGCCAGACGUGAAAAUAGUUUUUCGAGUCAUUUUUACGUACAGGGGAGGGAUGGCAUGGUAAUAAUAGAUGGGGGUUAAGGUGGAAACAAAGGGGACUUUCCAUUAUUUCUAUUUUCAAUUAGUUAAACAAUGGGCCUUGGAGAUGCAAGCACUUGUGGAAAUUGGCAAGCCAUUUAGUCAUGGUCGGUUAGGCUAGGAUGGUGUUUGGGAGGUGUGACGUUUUGACCACUGCCUGUCAACCAGACAGGUGACCCUUGAUCCUACUACAUAAUGGCUGGCCCUCUUGAACCCCCACCCCACCCCUCCCCCUAAAUUGCCUUGUCCAAGAAGGAAAAUGUCUAAGACAGAAUUUCUUUUUUACUCCCUUGCGAUUCCCUCUUGGACUGGUUCGACUGAAAUCAUAAAGAAGACUAUGUCGUAUGUUGCAUGGCUCUUUUUGGUAGUGUAGUUAAUGUUACAUCAGAUAGUAGAUACUAGUGUCAACCAAUGAAAAUGUAGUGCUAUAUGAAUGUUUCCACAAGCAAUGGUAGUAAGGUGACAUCAAAAGGCUUCCAGGGUUCACACAGUGUUUGUUCAUUGCUUUGUUUGUAAGUUUUUUUUAACAGUUUUGUCCCCAAAGCGCACUCAAUGAAAGACUGGUAUGAAUUGCCUUAAUGUACAAUCAUUAGAUUUGAUGGAGAGGGACUGGCUUUUUAAGGAGAAAUUUCCUAAUGAUUAGCGCAGACUAUUCACAUUAUGGAUCCAUCAUAAACAUUUGUCCCCCUUUGUAUAUAUAUAUUAUUACAGUGUCUGCAAUUUUUGCCUAAAAUGUGCUCAGUGAAAGGCUUGUAGAAAUGACAUCAAUGUGCAGUCACUGAAUUUAUAUUGGAAAAUAUGUAUGUCCGGUAUUUAUUCUUUUACUAAACAUUUUUUAAUUUCUGAAAAAUAAUAUAUAUAACACAAGCUAUAGUGUCUUUUAAAUAAGUUUUUCCCCCUUUUUAUAUUAUAUGUAAUGUAAGCAGUUCUUUUUUUUAAAUUCUGCAAAUUCACCAUAGAAUGGUGUCUCUGCUCUGUUAAUUUUUCAUUUCAUUUUACUUGUCUGAAUGUCUCUUGCUUUUUUUUUUCAUUAUGAGCGUUUCUGUUCCCUGGUUCAAUUCCCCAACACAUUCUCCUUGAACCUGGGUUGUUCGAGCAGUUUUCAUCGAAGAUAGAAAUUAAAUCACAAGUCCCACGUCUCAGAUAACCUUGUUGUGUGAAAACGUUAACAUACUAUCAUCAGCAUCAGCAUUUCUCACCCUGUGCCGGAGUAUAAGCCACUAACAAGAGCUGUCUAUGUACAUUUGUCUUGGGUCUUAUACUAUAUAAAAAGGACGGAUGGGACUGAGUUAAAGACUAUAGGUAAUAGCCUCCAACUCUGUCACUUUAAGUUAUAGUCUCCAACUCUGCCUCUAUGGUCACUAUAAGUUAUAGUCUCCAACUCUAUCCCACCCUUCCUUUUUUAUGCCAGGCCUCUUUGAUUUUAGUGAACAGGUUUUUUUUACUGUAUCCAAGAAAAGGAACUGUUUCUCCCAUCCCCCUCUCAUCUAUACACUUCGUCGUCGCAUGUGGUGAAGAUUGGUUACAAUGUAACAAGUUUUUACUUCACUGUGUUAUUAGUGUUUUAUCGAAAACCAACAGCAAUGGCAAUAAUGCUAAAUUAGUAUAUAUUGUGUCAGCUUCUGAAGCUUUGAUGACAGGGCUUUUUUUUUUGUGCUUAUCUGCUAACGAAACUGUUGAUUGCUUAAAUUGUUACUUCUGUUUGAUUAAUUUAUAACUAAAAUGACUAGCUAAUGGUUGAGGUUUUAGCCCUUUUUCAGUGAGAAACUUUUGUAUCAAUGCGUAUUUUUGAACUCUAAUAAACAAACAAACAAAUACAGUCAUGCUCUAAUACCCACCUGUUUAAGACUAUCACCUAUAGAAAUAACAGUUUCUCACUUCUCCUCUUGGGUUUUUAAAAUUUAUAAUGGUACUGUCCAAGACGUCCACCUGUCUUAGACAACAACUUUUCUCAACAACGGGUGGCCGUCUUGGACAACUUUGACUGUAUUUGUCCUGUCAUCAUUAACUUCAGAACUGUCAAGGCUGAAAAAAUGAAAAAGACAAACAAAAACUUGUGGAGGCCAGCAUGACAGAAGGCCCUACUUCCACUUUCUGUGCGCGAAGAUUAGAACAUUUGCUCCCAGGUUUCAGAAGAAUUAAAGUUAUGUUGAAUAAAACCCAGUAGUGCCAUUGUAUUCAGCUUCUUUUCAUUUCUUAUUUCCAUUUCAUAAGAAACUGUCAUGAUGAGCAGAGUUGUUACAGGUUUUUUUUCAAAAUCAAUUAUAUGACCUUGUCCGCUUUCAUCAGUCAAGAGUUGUUUGUAAUUUUGUUCAUUGUUACAAUCGUAUCAUUCCGUCUGAACAUGCAGAAUGAAAGAGGAGUCUAUGGAUUAUCAUGUCGGAAUUACUUUGAUUUUGCUAGUCUUAAAGUAGACAUGUCCAAAAAAACCUUUUUGUGCAUACAACUGGAAUGGAAAAGUUGGACAGACUAAAUGAAUUUGACUUUUUACUUCAUUUUGCUUUUGCAAACAGCUUUGUGAGAUCCAAUCUUUUUAUUCUAAGGUUCCCUUGAAGACAUACGUGUGUUUCCUGUGAUUAGAUAUUCUAGCAGGGUUUUGUAUUUUCUGGGUCUUGCCUAUAUUGUACCCAGCAGCUUUGCUGUGUUGGAACAUUGAACUGGUUGAAGAUUUAAAUGAUAACCUGUGCACGAAUUGUGGUUUUUUUGAAGGACAGAGUUACGAAAACAACCCGCAAUCAAAUAGUUGAAACUCAAUGUUGAACAAGAAUUCCAAAGAAUGGACCCAGAAACAUGCCAUAGCUUUUUAAAAUUUCCAGCGGCAUACCCGAGAUUGUCUAGAGAGAAAUGGUCAACACCUGGACCAUAUAAUUUAAACGGCCGUCACCUUCUCCAAGUUUGUUUGGCAAUGUCAGUUUCAAAUAAGUUUGUUCUUUAAUGCACAAAUACCCUUUACGGUUGAGUUUUCGAAAGAUUUACUCGGUUGUGGUUGAAAUGUUGAAAACUUUGAUCUAAUUCUUCCAAAAUGCUGUGUUGGAUUUUCUUAUUAUUGACAAAUUUGAAGUCCCCUUGAUUGAAAUCUAUUUGUUUUGUUUCAUUAAAAUUGGUGUAAAGACGACCAAGUUAUUGCUCUUUUAAUGGGUCAUGAUAUUUUUUUAAGACAUAAAAGAUAUUUAGGUUGGAACAGGAUGGUGAGACUGCAGAAUAUCGCAAAUAAAAUUUUUUGAUAUUCUCAAAUCCCACAUGAAUAAAAAUUCGGAGACGUUAAAUAACCAUUAACUUUCACUGCGAAAAAUACAGUAUAAUAAUAAUGUCACCUCAGUUGUUUUUUUCUCAAUAUUUCAUACGUCUCUUGAACAUUUGAGUGAAUGGUGAGGUUUUUUGGCCCUUCUCAGUAGUCCACUCUUUUAAGACAAAUUUUAAUGUCUGUGGAAUAACAAUUAGGGACUUCACCAAGCACACAUAAAACAUGAGUCCUAAAUACUUUCCUGCAUGAGGUAGUUUAUUCUAUGGAGCAUCUCUGUAGACCGUUUUGUCCAGGUACGCCCUGAUAGGCAGGGUCAAAGCAGCCGGACUCCUUAUUAAUCUCAAUUUUGUGUUGGUCUGGUUGAAAUCAUUUACAAUCGCAGUCAACACAAUUUUUCAACCCACUACGCAAUCAUUAGAUGCUGGAGGAUGAAAAGUUUGCCGUAGGGCUAUUCCACGGUAACUGGCAGGGCCUUUGGACUAUACUUUCUUACAAUGAUCACUGUAAUUCAAUAUCAAUUGAUUAAUUUAGUUCAACUUUAAAUGGUCAGGACAUUUUAAAGUCAUAUUACGAAUCAUAUUAAAUGCAGUCAUUUGAAAAAAAAAAGUACUUAAUGCAAAUUCUGCGACUUGUUUAGUUCCGGUAACUGACGCAACAAAUGAGGUAUUUUUUUUCUGUCCUGUCAGUUACUGAAACUAAACACGUCUCAGAAUUUGCAUAAAGUCCUUUUUUUAAAAUGACUGCACUUAUAUAUUUUUCAAAUGUUCUGAUCAUUUAAAGCUAAAAUAAAUCAAUUGAUUUUGAGUUACAGUGUUACCAUUGAAAAAAUGUUUAGUCCGAAUGUCCUGUUAGGUACCAUGGAAUGGUCCAGUAUUCAUUAAAUGAUUUAUUAGUUUUCUAGUGUGGAUGUUUUGCAGUUGCUUUUACACCAACCAAUGAAAUUUUAUCAUAAUUUUAGCCCCACCCUCCUUUUUUUUUAGCUUUCAUUGUUUUACUUUAUUUCAUAUGUAUCGAUUAUUUGAUUGCUGAUGUUGUUGUUUUUGUCAAACAGUAAUCCAGGCUUUUGCGGGGGGGUUUUUCUUGCGACUUUGAUUCUCAGUAAACAAGAAAGAGUAAACAGUUGUAUUAUGAAUCAGACCUGUUUUUCUUGGGAAAUGAGAGAGAGGGGAGGGGGUAGGGGAUGAAAUGAAUAGACCCGUUGCACUGGAGCAGAAGGUGCAAUGCAUCAAAUGGUGGAAAAGCAGAGCUGAACAUAAUCAUAAUGAUCAGGUGCAAAUAUUAUCUUUUGUGUAUCGUUCCUGAUUUCUGUCCUCUCUUCAUUCAUUCCUCCUAAUACUUAAAAAUGACCUACAUAUGUAUUUAUGUCCAGUAGGAUGUUCAACAAAUGUUGAAGUUUUGACUGAUAAUGAGUACUAAUAUUACUACUACCUUGUAAAUUACAUUCAUUCUACAUGUAUCUUGAUAUUAACGAGUGAAACUUCAUCUCUUUAACAUCUUUUCAUAACUUGUGCCAAAAACCAAUGGGAAAAUGUAGUACAUAACAGUGCCUUCAAGACCUCAACUACAACUUGAUUUUUUUAAGCGACUGCGUGUUCUGCUCAGGGUGAUAUAUAUGUAUGAAGACUUCAGCUCCACAAAUCUCUUUGAAACAUGGACCAUCUCUUUCUUUUUCUUCUUCAUCAUGGAUGAUUGCUGGAUGCCAUUGGUAGGCCUCACUUGUUUAGUUUCCCUCUCUUGUUUCCUCACACACUAGCGUCUGUGAUGUAGUUUUUUUAGGCGUUUCACCAUUGUGUGAAGAGGACCCAAUUUCAAUUCCUGUGGGGGAAAGAAUUUUUACCGAGUCUCUCUGCUGGGAUAUUAUUGUAUCCCUCUUAGCUCGAUUUGGCAGGGUUGAAGCCGACCUCCUAAAUUAUCGAAAUUUUGUCAAUUUUGACACAUACAUUAAAAUUUGACCACCUUGCUUUCUCCCUGCACUAAAUAACUGUGUCGAUGUGCUUCUCUGUGCUCAUACUCGAGCUCAAACCUCUUCAUCCCACUAUGUAAUUUAACAUCCUCAGUGCCAUAAGCUAUUUCCUUUUUUUUUUUUACCUGGAAAUGAAUGUUAUAUUUGUCUGUGUGGCUUACUUUUUCCCAGCACUUAAUGACCGUUAGUGAGUCGAUGUGCUUCUCUUUACUCAAACAAACAGUACUUUGAAAUCCUUUGUGCAUCAAUUUUUCUGCAUCUGAGCAUGAUUUUCUCAUUGAUUAAAUUCAAAGGUUUUAUAUAUAUUCUCAAUUACAACUGCUUUCCAUGUGUAUCUGGUUCACCUACCACCAUAAAAGUAUUUUUGUAACAAUUUUCCUGAUUUGUCGAUUUCGAAAAUGUUGAUUUCACACUGUGAUGAACAGUUUGGCAGUUGGAAACACUUUUAUUAUUGGGUAGCCUUUAUUAUUUUUUAUUCAGUUGUUCUGCAUGCUUUAUGCUUUCAUUCGUGCAUACGAGGCCGUCAUGGAAUUGUACUUCUUUAAACAAAAUAUUCAUAUAUUUUUUAUAUGUUACAUUUAUGUAAAUAUUUAACAGCAUUUUUUAGAGCAGCAUAGCGUUCAUGCUACAUUGUUGUUCAAGUUUGCGCUUGGGAAAAUUUUUUCGUAGUGUUCCAAAGCCUUUGUAAAUGUGAUGGUUCAUUUACUUGUUUAUGCCAAUUAAACUGGUUCAUAACCCA